UGAAGAUUUGGCGGGAAAAGUAAGUGGUAAAAAAAAAAAACCAUUUGCGUGGCAGCAGUAGAGACGAGCAAGCACGGAAUAAUGGCGGAUUCAUCUGAGUCAUAUCACAUGGCAACCAGCCCCAGCAGAGGCUCCAGGCGGGGGGAACUGACCUCCAGCCCCGGGAGAGACUUGCCCCCCUUCGAGGAUGAGUCUGAGGGGCUCCUGGGUGAAGGAACUCUGCCUGAGGAGGAGGGAGAUGGGGAGGAACUGAUUGGAGAUGCAAUGGAGAGAGACUACCGAGCCAUUCCUGAGCUGGACAGGUAUGAGGUGGAGGGUCUGGAUCUUGAUGAGGAGCUAUCGGAGCUGUCUCCUGGAGCCAGGGCUGCUGCUGAGGACGCCAUGAGGAGGAGAGACAGGGAGCAGGGAGGCAGGCUGAGGAGAGGACUACUGUAUGACAGUGAGGAUGAGGAUGAAGAGCGCCCGGCCCGGAGGCGUCGCCUAGCGGAGCGGGCUGCAGAGGGCACCGGGGCGGACGACGAGGAAAUGAUCGAGAGCAUCGAGAACCUGGAGGACAUGAAGGGCCACUCUGUCAGGGAGUGGGUGGUCAUGGCCGCGCCACGUCUGGAGAUCUACCACCGCUUCAAGAACUUCCUGCGCACCCACGUAGAUGAGAACGGCCACAAUGUCUUCAAGGAGAAGAUCAGCGACAUGUGCAAAGAGAACAAGGAGAGUCUGGUGGUGAACUACGAGGACCUAGCAGCCAGGGAGCAUGUCCUGGCCUACUUCCUGCCGGAGGCGCCUACUGAGAUGCUGAAGAUAUUUGACGAGGCAGCCAAGGAGGUAGUCCUGGCCAUGUACCCAAAAUACGACCGCAUCGCUCACGAGAUCCACGUCAGGAUCUGCAACCUGCCCCUCGUCGAGGAGCUGAGAUCCCUCCGACAACUCCACCUGAACCAGUUGAUCCGUACCAGUGGAGUGGUGACCUGCUGUACAGGUGUUCUGCCUCAGCUGGGCAUGGUCAAGUACAACUGUAACAAGUGUAACUUCAUCCUGGGGCCCUUCUUCCAGUCCCAGAACCAGGAAGUGAAGCCAGGGUCCUGCCCUGAGUGCCAGUCUUUCGGCCCCUUCGACAUUAAUAUGGAGUUGACUGUGUACCAGAACUACCAGCGAAUCACCAUCCAGGAGAGCCCCGGGAAGAUGGCCGCUGGCCGCCUCCCACGCUCCAAAGAUGCCAUCCUGUUGGCUGACCUGGUGGACCAAUGCAAACCUGGAGACGAAAUAGAACUGACAGGCAUCUACAACAACAACUAUGACGGCUCUCUGAACAUGGCCAACGGCUUCCCAGUGUUCGCUACGGUCAUCAUGGCCAAUCAUAUCGCUCGUAGAGACAACAAAGUGGCCGUGGCUGAGCUCACUGACGAGGACAUCAAGGCCAUCGUGGCUUUGUCCAAGGACGAGCGCAUCGGAGAGAGGGUCUUCGCCAGUAUCGGCCCCUCCAUCUACGGCCAUGAAGACAUCAAGAGAGGCUUGGCUCUGGCUCUGUUUGGUGGAGAGCCCAAGAACCCAGGUGGGAAGCACAAGGUGCGAGGUGACCUCAACGUGCUCCUGUGCGGUGACCCUGGUACGGCCAAGUCCCAGUUCUUGAAGUAUGUUGAGAAGGUGGCCAGCAGAGCGGUGUUCACCACCGGCCAGGGAGCCUCCGCUGUGGGCCUGACCGCCUACGUACAGAGACACCCGGUCACCAGGGAGUGGACUCUAGAGGCUGGAGCACUGGUCUUAGCGGACAGAGGGGUCUGUCUUAUCGACGAGUUUGACAAGAUGAACGAUGCAGACAGGACCAGUAUCCAUGAGGCCAUGGAACAACAGAGCAUCUCCAUCUCCAAGGCUGGCAUCGUCACCUCGCUCCAGGCACGCUGUACUAUCAUCGCUGCUGCCAACCCUAUCGGUGGUCGCUACGACCCGUCUCUGACCUUCUCUGAGAACGUGGAUCUGACCGAGCCCAUCGUGUCUCGUUUUGACAUCCUGUGUGUUGUCAGAGAUACUGUGGACCCAGUGCAGGAUGAGAUGCUGGCUCGUUUCGUGGUGGGCAGCCACAUCAAGCAUCAUCCCAGCAACAAGGAGGGUGGCAUGGCUGGCUUGGAGGAGGUGGUUCUGCCCAACACCACAGACGUACCUCCUAUCCCCCAGGAGCUGCUGAGGAAAUACAUCAUGUACUCCAAGGAAAGGGUCCGGCCCAAACUCAACCAGAUGGACCAGGAUAAGGUGGCUCACAUCUACAGCGAUCUGCGCAAAGAGUCCAUGGCGACAGGCAGCAUCCCCAUCACGGUGCGUCACAUCGAGUCUAUGAUCCGCAUGGCUGAGGCCCACGCCAGGAUGCACCUCCGAGACUACGUCGUGGAGGAUGACGUCAACAUGGCCAUCAGAGUCAUGCUGGAGAGCUUCAUCGACACUCAGAAGUUCAGCGUCAUGAGGAGCAUGAGGAAGACGUUUGCCCGUUACCUGGCGUUCAGAAAAGACAACAAUGAGUUGCUGCUGUUCAUCCUGAAGCAGCUGGUGUCGGAGCAGGUGGCGUAUCAGAGGAACCGGUACGGAGCACAGCAGGACACCAUCGAGAUCCCAGAGAAAGACCUGGUGGACAAGGCCAGACAGAUCAGCAUCCACAACCUGUCAGCGUUCUAUGACAGCGAGGCGUUCCGAUCCAACAAGUUCUCUCACGACAUGAAGAAGAAGUUGAUCCUACAGCAGUUCUAAAUCUGUCGAUCUGCUGUUGCCUGGGGAAAAAGACUACCUUCUGCGUUCUCAAUGCACCCUAUUCCCUAUGUAGUGCACUAGUUUUGGACCAGGGCCCAUAGGGUGCCAUUUGGGGCACUAUCUCAGUCUGGAUGUGUAAAUAAUUGUAAAUGUUUGUCAUCCUGUUGGAAGAAUUCUAAUAAGUUGUAAAAUGGCCCAGUUUCUUAUCAAUGUUACAAUUAGUCUGGAUUCAUGUACGACUUGUGUGAACGUAAACUGUAUAUUUCUUCAUUACGAACUUUUCAACUUUCUCAUCUUGGAACACAGCUUGUGUGUUAUCAAAUGUAAGAGUUUUUGUAAUGUAAUUGUUUAGCUGUAUUAGUUUUUUUGAAAGAUGAACUACAAUAGUUCAGGGUUAAUUUCAGUCGACCCAGAACUAAAAUAUUGCAUCAUUCUUUGACUGCACCGUGUACACGUCGCAAAGAAAUAAACGCAACAUGUAAAGUGUUGGUUUCAUGAGCUGAAAUAAAAAAAAAAUGACAUAAAUUUUA